UUGCCGGCCGUGCAGCCGGUGUCGACGAUCUUCGGGCUCUCGCACGAACAGAUCUACAAGACACGGCUCUCGGACGUGAAGGUCAAAACCAUCGUGAACGUGCCCAUGUCCAAAAUGUGCAAGAAUGCGUUGACGUUUGUGAUGGCGGAAAACGAGGGGCUCUUCGUGGACGCAGAGAAAACCGGCCAGUUUGUGGACUUGUGCACGAAGGUGGCGUUGUACGAGGCGCCCGGCUUCAACGAGGUGACCAAGCGCAUCCCGGCCUUGUUGGACUGGGUGCCCCAGUACGAGCCGUUGACCUUGCAGCACACCAAAACCAACGUCACCGUGUCCAACAAGCAGAUCCACAAAAACUGCUUGGACUACACGGUGUUCUCGUUUUUCGGCCACAUUCUUCUCUGGGCAAACGAGCUCCAGCACACGGCCAAAGCCACGACCAUAGUCGAGAAAUACCACCUUGACAUUUCCCGCACCCAGAUCCUCAACUCGCUUGGCGGGUACCAUCUCUGGGACCGGCUCCGGCGGGACAAGACCAUCAACACGAAGCGCUGGAAACACAUCCAGAAGUUCAGACAGUUGUUUGCGUUUGAGGAGCACCAAUUCGUGUUGAUUUUGCGCUGCAUGAACCUCGGCGUGCCCGCGUACUGA